UUUAAUAAAGAGAAUCUUUUUUCGCAAUGUGUUAGAAGUGGCUGCCGGUCCCGGGUGCAAUUCCAGUUCCUAGGGAAAGUGGAAUCAGUUGGCAUUGCCCAGCCUGAUUUGUGAGGCUGGGCACCAGGAGUCAAAAAAAAAAAAAAAAAAAAAGCCAACGUGCCGCCUCCUUGCUCGGAGGGGGCUCUCCCUGCGAGGUGCUCGCCCCUAUCUGCCAUGCAAAACGAGGGAGCGUUAUGAAGGAAUCCGUCUUGUAAAGCCAUUGGUCCUGGUCAUCAGCCGCUACCCAAUGCUUUCGCGAUGCUGCCGCUGAUCUAUUUGGGAAGUUGGCUGGCUGGCGAGGCAGAGCCUCUCCUCAAAGGCUGGCUCCCACGGAAAAUAUGCUCAGUGCAGCCGCGUGUGUGAAUGCAAACGCCGCCAGGCGCUUCUUCUAGUCGGGCAAGAUGCAGCCGAGAACUCCGCUCACCCUGUGCGUCCUGCUGUCCCAGGUGCUCCUGGUCACGUCUGCAGAUGAUCUGGAGUGCACCCCUGGAUUCCAGCGGAAAGUGUUACACAUCCACCAGCCUGCCGAAUUCAUCGAGGACCAGCCUGUCCUAAACUUGACCUUCAAUGACUGCAAGGGCAACGAGAAGCUGCACUACGAGGUCUCAAGCCCACACUUCAAGGUGAACAGCGACGGCACCUUAGUGGCUCUCAGGAACAUCACUGCGGUGGGCAGGACCCUGUUUGUCCAUGCGAGGACUCCUCAUGCUGAAGACAUGGCAGAACUCGUGAUUGUCGGGGGCAAAGACAUCCAGGGCUCCUUGCAGGAUAUCUUUAAAUUUGCAAGGACAUCUCCUGUCCCAAGACAAAAGAGGUCCAUUGUGGUGUCCCCCAUCUUGAUCCCAGAGAACCAGAGACAGCCCUUCCCCAGAGAUGUCGGCAAGGUAGUCGAUAGCGACAGACCCGAAGGGUCCAAGUUCCGGCUCACCGGGAAGGGAGUGGAUCAAGACCCUAAAGGAACUUUCAGAAUCAAUGAGAACACAGGCAGUGUCUCCGUGACACGGACCCUGGACAGAGAAACGAUCGCUACUUAUCAACUGUAUGUGGAAACCACGGAUGCCAGUGGCAAAACUCUGGAAGGGCCAGUGCCUCUGGAAGUCAUUGUGAUUGACCAGAACGACAACAGACCCAUCUUCCGGGAAGGCCCUUACAUCGGCCAUGUCAUGGAAGGGUCACCCACAGAGAGCCCUGCUGUGCCUUUCAUCCACCCCUCCUCCUGAGUCCAUCCCAAGCUGCACAGAGGGACCAACCGAUAUGCAGAAGCAUUUCUGAGCUGCUGGGUUUCUGAUCCAGCUUUGAAGACUUCCUGGAAUUCCCCAUUUCUAGCUCCCUGGAUCGCUCCUCUGGUCAGAUUGCUUCUGUGGAGUCUGACUCCCAGGGACGACCCAGCUGUUGCUUCGCAGACUUCGGCUUGGCUCCAGAUCACUUACACUGCUUUUUGUUUAUUGGUGUGGAGUCUUUGUACAUACAGAUAGGAUUCAUAAAGAUGUGUUAGAUGGAAUUGUUCCUUUCUUUCUUCCUUCCUUCCUCCCAUCCUUCUUUCCAUCCAUCCUUCCUUCCUUCCUCCCAUCCUUCCUUCUUCCUUCCUCCCUCCCUCCCUGACUUCCUUUCUCCUCCUCCUCCUCUCUUUUGCUCUCACUCUUUCUUUUGAAGACAUUUUCACUGAGUAGCCCAGGCUAGCCUUGAACACCCUAUGUAUGCCCCAUGCCCCAACUCUAAGCAAUCCUUCUGCCUCAGCUUCCCAUGUGCUAGGAUUACAGAUUCUCAUCGCUAUUAUACCCAAGUUGUUUUUAUUUCAAGAAAAAUACCACUGCCAUAAAAGCAUUCCACAUAUACUGUAGAAGUUUAGAACAGUCAUACUGGCAAGGGAAAAGUCACUCAGAAAUUACAGCUGAUUACAGUGUCAUUGCAGGGUAUCUAUCUCUCUCUCUCUUAUCUCUCUCUCUCUCUCUCUCCCUCCCUCCCUCCCUCCCUCCCUCCAUCCAUCCCCUUCCUUCCCUCCCUCAGCCCCUCACUCUGUUGAGUACUACAUAGCCCAGACUAACCUUAGACUCCUUCUCCUGCCUUCCUUCCUGAGUGUUGGGUUAUAGGUGUGCACCUCUUUACCUGGGGCCCUAUAGCUAUUUUUCUAGGGGCUUUUGGUGAGCACACACCUGCACACAGAAAUAUUUGGUAUUUCUUCUGCUAGGAGACUGAGUUAUCUUUGAGCAACUUUUCCAUGCAGUGAUGCCCACAACCCACGUGCUGCUGGCAUCCAUCUGAGGAACUCUUUCAUUUCUUUUGCUAGUAGGGAGCAGGGCAUCGUAACUUUCCACACACAUGUACCUCUGCUUUCUCCUGGAAGGUGUUUCCCCUAGGCUCAAAACUGCCUAUUGUCAGAACCAAACCAAGAAAGGAGGAGCCUCACCCUAGUGAGGGCCUCCAUCAGUUUGUCCACCCACACUGCCCUUGGCUGAAAGUGCAUUCAGGAACAGGAGGGAAGCUGGACUGUGUCCUGCAUCCUCACCCAAGGAUGCUGCCUGGCUCCUUACUUUCCAGGGUACAUCCCAAGCACCCUGGCUUCUCUUCCCGCAACAAAGACAGGUCCAAACACGCUGCGAUCUGCAGGGGGGUAGCUGCUGCUUUGUCCACACUCCCCUCAGGGUUUCUGUAGGCUCUGCUCACUAGCUGCUGGAAUCUUCCAUUUGUUAGACAAUGCUCUUCACCCUUAGAUGGCUCAUCACAGGGCAGGGACCUGAAGCAGGACAGGGACCAUCUCAGAGCAGACUGUGGUUUUCCUCAGCACCUGUGCUUGAGCACAGUAGGGCCACUGCAGCACUUGUCCCUGAGCAAGCUCUUCUCAGCUUUAGAAGGUUUUGUUGCUGAUUCAAAUCACACAACAUGUAGAGUCUGUGGGUGGGGCUGGGCAGAGGCUGAAACACUCUGUCCAGAGAGGCCUCUGCUGGCAUCAGUGCCCUGGGAGACACAAGUCUGUUUAGUGUACAUCGUUUGAAUUGCACUGGGCAGGCCACUGCCUCAGUGAUUUUCUAUCACUGUUAUGGGUCUGAAACCAACAGACACCAAGCCCCUUGGUCCACAGGGGCUCUGGGCAAUGAACACCUGCAGUCCGGUCUUUUGUUUUUUGAACGUGAACUUGAUUCAAGACUCUUGACUCAGAUAAUUAUAGUGUUCUUGUUUCUGUCCACAAAAAGAACAGGGUCUUUCAGGAUAUAUGGGUGGGGCACCUGGGUACAGUGGGGAAGAGAAUUUGCCAUUCUUGCUGAAGACCACGUGCAGUUUUCAGUACCCACACUGGGCAGCCUGCACCUACCUGUACCUCAAGUUUCAGUCCGAUGCCAUCUUCUGGCAUCCACAGGCACAUGUGCAUGCAACACACACACCCAUUGCCACUCCCACUAAAUGUCAAGUGUACCCCAGGUAUAUAACCACUGCAUGUAUGCCCUAAAUAUCCCCUGCAGAUAGGUUGUCCUUGUCUGCUUUGGAUGACUGCAGUUACAAAAUUGCUAUCCUGGCAUCACUGCCUAAGAGCUUCCUGGUCCUGUCCUAUUCCCACCCCCAUCCUCGGCUUCCUCUGCAGAACUGGUUGGGGAUGGAGAGUUACCGCUCCGAUCUCAGAGGGUCCUUAGCCCAUGGAGUUAGAAGGAAUAAAUGAAUGCAGUUAUUAUUCAUAAUUUAUAUAUUAUUUCUGAUUGCCCUUAAAAUUACCAUGAGUAAGGACUUGAAAGCAAUGAGCUAGGAUUCCGAGUGCCAUUUCAUGGGUUUUAGAGAGCUAAAUUGGAUUCUAGAGCCACCAUUACCGUGGCAAUGGCUCCCCUGAUGGAGUGUUGAAGCUGCCUUAUGGCGUGGAGUCACAGCUAGAGCACUGCACUGGCCAGGGCCAUAGUGGUUCUGUGCUCCGGGCCUUUGCCAAGACCACAGCUUCCCAGAGCAAGCUCUCAGCUUCCGUGUCAGCCAACCUCAAAGACAGAACCAGCAGGCAUGGAGGGUAAUGUCUAGGAUGGCAUGUUAAGUUAUGUGGUGCCCUGUUUAAAUUAUAUAGCAGAGAGACGAUGAAAUAUUCCAAGAAGAGAGGAGUUUCAGGCUGGCUCCGGGGGAACUGAGGAGAAUCUGGGUCAACAGGGAGGAUGGAGCAAAACAUGGGAGUAGCUAGAGACUCUGGGAGCAGGGGCAUGGAGGUAGAUGGAGGGUCACCAAUCGUCCACCUAAGCUUGGGGCCAUGGACUUGCCAGAAGUCUCUUUUGAGAGACAAAGUUCCCUGCCAAAUAAUAUUAGUACUACUUAAAGCAAAAAAAAAAGUGUCCCCAAUAUCCAGACAGGGUGGUUCAAGUAUCCAUGCCUCCCAGAACUGGUGCUAAGCUGUCCCAGGCUCCAUGCUGGUUUCUGUCCCCUGAGGAUGGAAGUGUCAGGAAAAUGUGGUUCUCACCUUCUGAACAGAGUAUGGGGACACGCAGCCCCUGCUGAGGGACUCUCCAAGGGAGAGGCUUCCUUGUGAUGAUGACUGGCUAGCAAGCAAACCGAAGGGUCUUUCUGGAGAAACCAUCAGAAGCCAGUCCAGAUGUCCCAUCGCGACCCCCAUCAGAGUCCAGUAAUUACCAGAAUUCACUUUCCCUGGCAGGUCUUGGCUACCGGACUACUAGUCCCUAAGCCAGUAUUAUACGUUGAGGAGGUCAAGUUCAUAACUGAUUAUGUUGCUGUGUACUGAUGUCAGGGAGCAGGGAUAAGCCCAUACAUAGAAGCAACCAUUCAUUCAUGUAGGCACUCAACAAACACAUGUGCACAUCGCCCUCUAGUGAAGGGAGAUGAGAACCAGGCAGAGGAGAGGGUGAGGAGAGGCAUGGGGCAAAACAAGCAUUAAAAAUGGGCGAGUAGCAGCUGUGCCGUUUGCCACAGGGUGGCCUUGGCUUACCUGAGAAAGUUACAUUCACACCCAGGGCUGAGAAGGGUAAGGGGAGAAAGGGCUUGACCACUGGAGGGACAUCGUCCCAAACAGAGAGAAGGAUAUGUACCAAGGUCCUGAGGCAGAGGUGUGUCUGAUGCAUUGAGCCUGCUCUAAGGAUGGGCCAUGGGUGGAGCAGUGGUACAGAGGCAGAGGGUGGGUGAGUUAGAGGAAGAAGCAGCCACUGGUCACAGCCAACCGUGUAGGCACUAGGAGGAGCCUGGCUUUUGCUUUCAGGGAGAGGUGAGGAGGCAGCGUGGGUCUUGAGCACAGGAGUCACGUGAUUCGAACUGUUCACGGGGGAGGGUCUGAUGCCGAGAAGUCACCUCCUUCAAUAGGGGCUUCCUGUAGGAGGCCUGGCCUGGAGGAAAAUGGGUGGGUGCGAAGAAUCUUCCAGAAGGUUCUCUCACAUGGACGGUAGACAAGGGCCGCACACAGCUCUCCUUCCCUCUGUUCAAAGAUGGCGAAUAUAAACCUGCGUCAGGAGUAGCAGCGGCUAGGGGUGAUCCCUGCAGGGCACAUACUCUACAUCAUGGUCUCAAGACUCACUCACCCUUGAGCAUCAGUGUCCAGGUCUGCACGGUGGGAAUCUAUUCUGAGCCUCAGAACUGUGGAGGGGCAGAUCCACACGUGUCACUGGCCCUCCACAUAAGCAACAGGAAGUAAUGAACAAGUUCCCUCUGGGGGGGGGUAGGUAGCUAACCCUCCCCACUGACUGGAAGCCCGAGUCCCUGUCUGUUCUCCCUUUAAUCCUUUCUCCUCAGUUUGGGGACCCAAUAGCCUCAUUUUGAGGCAGCGCCUUUAAUUUCAUACCUGUGGCGGACUAAGAACUGUUGACCACCCUGGAUUCCCUCAGAAAUCCCAAUUUCUCAGAAAGCCCAAUUUUCUGAGGCUUUGGGAGUUCUUCCAGCCUUCGCUCUAACCCUUGACUGCCCUGUGUCACUAUGGAAGGAAUAACCAAGAUUCCAAGACAUUAGGAACUGGCCAAGGUCACACAACUACCUGGCUAGUGGCUUCAGGUCUGUGAACCAAGCAACCUUAGUCCAGAACCUCGAGUGCUACAACGCACACCCACCCACAUGUCCCAGGUUUCCAACCAUGUCCCAGCAUGCCCUUCUCAAUAGUGACACUCCUUCUCCUCAGGGAAAUCUCUCCCUGCAGAAUGCACAGUCCAAGGCUUUUGACACUCAAGGUGGCAUGUCGGGGACGUUGGUUACAAAGGGCUGUCAUGGUUGCCCAUCUGUCUCUCAGCCGAAUCAGAGCCUGAGGGGGAUGGCUGGGAAGUCAAUACAGGCUCAAUACCUCAUGAAUGAACGUAUCCCCAGCAGGUACCACCAGGCACAAGCACAUGUUCUCUGUUCAGAGGCCUGUGUGAGAAGGGGCAGGGAGGACAAAUAGGUUGCUUUAUACUUGGGACAGGACAGCCUGUUUUUCAGAAAUGGGAAAAAUGCCAGUAUGAAUUUAAUGUUGUCCCAGAGCUAGGAGAUGCGUGGCUGGAGACACAUCCAGAGCUUAAAGUCUUGCCUGUUUGGUAAAAUUCUGAAAGAGUGUUUGUAAGGCGUUAGGCCUUUGCGAUGCUAGGGAUGGAGCUGUUUCUAUCCGUUACCACUUCUCCCUCCUAAUGAGUUGGUGAGACGCUCAAUGGCGAGAACUUCUUAGGGGGUCUUACUUAUUAUUGCUAUGCUUGCUUGGAGUGGAGGGUUGUUUCUAGUGAACUAGAAAGCUCCAGAGAGCCCACAUAGAGCAGUUCCCACACCUGCCCAAAGGACUUUUGACAUGGCACCUGCUCCAUGCACAGAUUCUCUAGGAGAAAUACCAAUGUGUAGCCACAAACAGAAUGACCCGGUUCGUUCCUCCAGACCUAAGUCAACUUGACUGUGAACCUCCUCCCCAGGAGGCUUCUUACAGUCCUGACUGCUGGACCCAAGAAUCCCGAUGAGCUUGGUGACUUAAGAUGGCAGAGGUUUAUUCUAUAACCACUCCAGAUGCUCUAUAUCCAGACUAAGUCAAGGUGUCAGCCGGUGCAGGAUCCCUUCUAAGUGUACAAGGAGAGGGUAUUUCCUGCUUCCUUGAGCCCCCAGUGGCUUCAGGCUUGUGGCUGCAUCUCAGUUUUCAUAGGAUCCCCUGUCCUCAGGCUCACAUCUUCUGCAUUUAAUCACAUCUGUCAAAGACCCCAAAUAGGUCAAAAUCACAGGUGCCAGAAAUUAUAACGUAAACACACUGUACUUUUAUAGUGGGCGUGGCCUCCACCCAAGAAUCUGCAUAUUUUCAGUUCUGAUUCAAAAACACUUAGCUGGAAGGUCUUCAAGGUUUGUAACUUGGGAGUUGGAGGGGUGGGGCUUGGGCUGCUCUGAAGAGAAAGAAAUAACACAGUUCCGCCUCUAGGACAGCACCUCUUCCGUAGACGUCUUAAAAUAGAUUUUACCUCAUGGGAUUGAUUUAUGAGAUCCAUUAAGCCCGAUGUACAGCCUACCACUAGAAUUAAUUUUGAAGUUGCUAACCCUUAAUUAUUUGAAGAAGAUAGGACCAAAAAAAAAAUGUUGGCAGCAAUUCGGAAACAGCCUUUAGAUUCGGUCUGUAAUGGAUGUUAUUUUAAACAAUGGCUUUUUGCAGUCUUACAUAAGUGAUGCAUCUAAUAUUCGAAGCCAAGGAUGCUCUGAAGUUCUCUACCUACAAAGAGAUACAGAGCUGGCCUGGGCAGAUAGCUCUGGAUAAAUACACUGCCUGGACAAACAAAAGGAUCUGAGUUCAAGUCCCCAGUAUCCAUGUAGAAGUGAAGCAUGCCUGUGUGUGCCUGCGACCCCAGCAUUGGGGAGUCAGGGAUAAGCAGACCCUGGGAGGUCACCAUCAGGCAAUCUAGCUGAAAGUGUGAGCCAUGAUAUCAGCAAGAGACCCUGCCUCAAAGAAAUACAGUGGAGAGUGACAGAGAAAUACACAACUGUGACCCACAUAAAUGCAAACCAGAACAGUCAUGCAUAUGCAACACACACAAACAUGCAUAUUAAACACACACGCACUCAUACACAAACAUGCAUAUAUAACACACAUGCACACCACAAAUACAUGUACAACACACAUACAAACAUGCAUUAAAACAUAUGCACACAUACACAAAAGUGCAUUUACAACAUACAUGCACACGCACAAAUACAUACACAACAUACACAAAUAUGUAUAUAAAACACACCACACCUAUACAAACAUUCAUAUCCAACACAUAUGCACUAACACAAAUACAUGUACAGCACAUACACAAACAUGUACAUAAAA